AUGUCACUUUUUGAGAAAAGGUUGUGGUUUGUUCCAAUUAUAUGUGUAGCAUAUCUGUUCAUACUUUUUUCAUUUUCCUGCAAAUCAUUGACUACUGUACCUAGAACGACAUAUGGCAAACAGAGCAAAGGUUGGGUGCAUCCAAAUACCUACACUUUUGGAGACCCCGUAGAGGUAAUAGUCAAUAAAAUGGUCCAAGAAAAAGAUAUGCUGGGUGACUCAAACGAGGGUGUCUCUUAUAAGUACCAUGAUUUACCAUAUAUAUGCCCGCCAACAAAUACCAAGAAGUCAAUUCAUAACUCGUUGAAAGAACUGUUUAAUGGUGAUUAUAAUGAACAAAGUGAUUACAUACUGAAAUUUGGAGUUGAUAAUGACUGUCAAGCACUAUGUUUAAGGAAAACAUACAAUGCAGGUAUAAGAAAGGCAAAAGAGAUGAUCGACGAGGAUUAUAUUGUUAAUUGGUUUAUUGAUGAUUAUUUACCUGCUGCAACAACGUAUAUAUCUAGUGUUACAAGGAAAAAGAAAUAUUUUGAAGGUUUCAGUUUGGGUUGGAAAGAUCCGGAAACGGGAAGUUAUUAUAUAAAUAACCAUGUAAUGUUGGUUAUCAGAUAUAAUGCUGUGGAUGAUAAUAAAUUCAAUAUUGUUGGUUUCGAAGUUUACCCAAAAUCUAUCCCAGAUUUACAAUGUCCGGGUGCAAGAAGAGGUCAUGGCCAUUAUGAGUUGAAAGACUUAGAAAACAAUGAUGAAUUUUCGCUAAUUCCUUUUUCAUACUCUGUUUAUUGGAGAGAGGAGUUCGAAUAUGACUGGAGAACCAGAUGGUCACUUUUCGUUAGGCCAAAUUAUAUGGACUUAGAUGCAGAGGACGAAUCGCUGCAAUUAGGAUUUAUUUCGAAUUUAUUACACUGGUAUUCUCCAUAUACUACAGUAAUUAUUUUUACCAUUCUACUAUUUUUGGUUAGUUUAUUGGUUUUGGACAUAAAUUCUCAUAAGUUAGUGUUUAUGUCAAAUCCAAAGACUGUUAUAGCAUGGGCAACCACUGCCAAUAAGUUGAAUAAAACCUGGAAAAAUAUAUUAUUAAAUAUCCUCGUAUCAAUGGGCUGUCAGGCUCUUUUCAUAUUUAUGCCUGUAAUUGUCAUCCAAAGCUCAUUAUGGAGCCUGCACAACAUAAGUAAUUAUGUUAUGCUGCAAAUAAUUUGCUGGAUAUCUGCCAGUUUACUUGUUGGAUCAUUUGUAGGAACUUGGUUAAGAAUGUAUAUGUUCCAAAAGAAAAUGACUCCUAAUUAUGAUCCAAAGAUGUCUAUUGUCUGUGGAUCAAUUUUACCAGGUUUGACUUUAGCUGGUGUUACUGUAUUUAAUACAGUUACUUGGUUUUUAGAAGGGAAUUCGUCAUAUCCAUUUAGAAAGCUAUCGUGGCUGAUAUUUGUUUAUUUUAUAUUCAGUAUUCCAAUGAGUUUAAUUGGCGGUUCAUUGGCCGUUAAAAUUCAGCAUUAUUACACAAAUUUCAGUUCACGCAAGGAUUAUGGUAGAGUUAGAUCGAUGUCGUACACCGAUCCAAAUUUAUACAAGCCAGAUAUUAUUGAAUCAGAUAUACAGAAAAACCAAGAUAAUGAGGAUAACUAUGUGAUCGAACUUGAUGACAAACAAGCUAAGAAAAGGAAAAUAUGGAGGAGAAAAUCUUUAUACGUUAAAUUUAAACAAGCAAUUUCAUUUUCAAACAUCAUUUCCUUGUUGUUACGUAAUUUUAUUACGAAUGGUAUCCCAUUUCAAAUCAUAAAAAAUGAAGUAAUAAUCUUCAAUCAAAGUUCAUGGUUAAGGCAUUGUUCAUUUUUUAAUCUUUUUGGAUAUUUAUUCACUAAAUAUAUUAUGAUAAUUGCCAUCAUUUUCAUGGGUUCAGUUAUUAGUUGUAACUUAUACCUUAUUCAAUCGACUAGUGAUAAAGGUUCCAAUAUAAAAGAAAAUUGGCGUGGGAAAUGUUUCCAACUGGGAUUUAAUUUAUUUUUUGCUAUGGAAUUUAAUUCUCUAUCUCAUAUUUUAAACAGAUCAAAUGAAAAAUGGGGAACAUUGUUGCUAUUGUCUAUCGGUUACAGUUUAUUAUUCAAUCUAUUAAUAGGCUUAGCAGCUGGUUUCAUUAGUUAUAUGGCAUCGGUAUGGUUUAUAGUCAAUCGUUUCAAAUCCCAGGGUCCAGUCCACCUUUACGAUUGA